AUGGCAAAUUAUACGCCUACAGAAGUAGUCGAUAUUCUUAUAACCUUUGGUGAAUGUGGUAGAAAUUACAGACUUACUGCCCGUACUUAUGCGGAGCGAUUCCCAAAUCGCCGCCAUCCUACUGAUCAACAAAUUAUAAACAUUGAAAGGAGAUCUCGUAAUAAUCCACUUCAUCGCGAAAGGCGAAGGAAUAGACUUCAUAAUAAUAAUGACCCUAGAUUGCUUGCAGUUUUGGCUAUGGUUCAUCAAAAUCCCCAUAUUAAUACCCGUCAAAUAGAACGAGAACUGGGAAUCCCUCAAACUACGGCACAUAGAUUGUUACGAUCAGUCAAUUACCACCCGUAUCAUAUUACUCUGGUACAGGAAUUAAGUGAGGCCGACUACGUACUCAGAGUAUAA